AUGGCACCUUCGGCAAUCGAAACUGUGACCCGACCGACCGAUCAACUGACCGGCGAGGAGCGUUACAAGCAACUCAAGAACUCCACUGGCGAGAAAGCGCUCGAUCGAUUCACAUACGGAGCGCAUCCCAUCAGCGGCGCUCAGACGGACACCGUCAAGCAAGUACGGAUUCCAAAGUUCAACGACCCUCUGGACGAGCGAGCGUUCAGGAAGCUUCAUGCUGCGGCCUGCAUUCGAUGGUUGGGAGCGAAUGGCUACAACAACGAGGGAGCUGGUGGCCAUGUGACUGUCAGGGAUCCCAUCAAGCCUGAUCAUUUCUGGAUCAAUCCAUUCUGCAAGUCGUUCCGCUACAUGAAGCCGGACGAUCUUUGUUUGGUCAAUGAGGAGGGUAUUGUGCAGCCGGAGGGGAACAUGCAUGCAAUUAACCCAGCGGGCUUCUCGAUCCAUCUCGCAGUCCACCAGGCUCGGCCAGAUGUAGUUUCGGCAGUGCACUGCCAUUCCAUCCCGACCAAGGCGUUUUCGGCACUGGGGUGCAAGCUUGAACCGAUCAACCAGGAUGCUUGUCGAUUCUAUGAAGACCAUGCCAUCUAUGACAACUUCGGCGGUAUCGUUCUUGCUCAUGAGGAAGGCCGCCGGCUCGCCAAAGCUCUUGGAAACAAGAAGGCUGUUAUCUUGCAGAACCACGGUAUCCUGACCGUCUCGAAGACCGUUGAUGGCGCCACUUACCUGUUUGGCGCCAUGGAUCGAUGCAUCGAAGCUCAGCUUCAGGCAGAUGCUGCAGCUGCCGGAAGGGGCACAGAGACCAUCAAGAUUGGUCAUGAGGAGGCGGUAUACACUCGACGAGUGUACACCGAUGAGAUGGAGUACAACAUGUUCCAGUCAUGCUUCGAAGAUAUGGUGCGAGGCUCCAAUGGCGAGCUCUCGAUGCUGUCAGGAGGUGAGCAGAAUGGCUACGACAGGUUCCCUCGUGACUGGUAG